AUGCGUCUCCACCUUGUUAUCUCACGCCAUGGCCUGCCGGUCACGCGCAUUCUCUGGACGACGACUUCGUCUAAUUCUGUGCUAGGCGAAUAUGGGACUCAUCGUCCAGCAUCAACCGCAGCUGUCGCAUCUUCUCGCACCCCGAACAUCGCCUUCUCCAAUGGCGGGUACACGGUCGCACAACUCCUCGAGGAUGUGAAUGAAGUUGUGCCGCUGGAAACUGAACCCAGUGUCUUUGAUGCCGAGUUCAGUGGCCAGUGGGGAUUGGAGGAUUAUGUUGUCGAAGUUGCUGGCUCGGAAUGUCUUCAUUUUAUGGAGGUUGACGGCUUGCUCCGAGAUGGAGAUGAAGUUGUCAUCCGUGCCCUUCAAUUGGCAGAUCUUCGGACCAGACGGCUGUGUGGUCGCCACCAAAUCACUGCUGAGGGCAAGCAUCUCAUCGACGGCGUGCCUUUCGGAUCACCGUUCUUGAAAAGAACUACCUCUACACGACCUGCGAUUACCAUACCCCCAAGGAAGAAACGGCGCACAGUCUUUUCUGGCUGGGAGAAUACUAGAGAGUUUGUGCCCGAGGAAGUCCAUGCCGACGAGGAAGGUGAUGGAGAGUGGCUUCCACCUCCUAAUACCGGGUUCGGGAAGGAGCUUUCUGUUAUGCCCGCCGAGCAUGAAGAGUCUCUGGGCACGGUUAUUCGCCAUCCUGUUGGUCACACCGCGGGAUCUGACAGUGAGGCGGAUAUGUCUGAAAUGCCUGGAAUUGAGGAGGAUGAGCUGGAGAGCGAACUCCAAGCGCUCAAAGAGGACUUUGAAGAAGCUUCUCAAUUUGUCGAUAUCAGGAACCAGACUCGGAAUGCCAGUGGACACCCACUGCGUGCUAGCUCGAUAGUCAAGCGACCAACUUCCAAGGGGUCACUUGCAGCUGCCUCGUCUCUUUCCAGCAAGCGGUCUCGCGCAGAAGACUCAUCUCCGAGAGCCUCCAAGGCUGUGAGAUUCAACAAGGGAGAUGAACAGGAGGAUGCGGAUAUGCCUGAUCUCCCACAACCUCCGCAGGCCCCACAGGUUGAGGAAACUGCUGCUGAAACUUCUGAUUCUGAUUCAUCCGAUUCAUCUGCAUCUUCCUCAGAUAGCGAUUCUGAUGAUGAUUCCGACGAUGAUGAUUCUUCAAGCGAGGUGGAGCCUGCAGCGGAAGCACCGUCCGAUUCUGAUUCCGAUUCCGAUUCCGAUUCAUCGUCAAGCUCCGAAGACUCGGAUUCAUCAGACUCAGAUUCUGAAGAGGAAGCCCCCGGCCUGUCAAAAAGUAACAACCGCAUCAAACUACGCCGCCGUCUAUCCAAGCUCAAGGAGCUAGGCGCUCUCCCCCAACAAGCAGGUUUCGAUGCAUUGCGGGAGUGGGAAGAGAAGCACGGAGGCUGGCAUAAUCCGGAACAACAUCUUAACCCGGAGCCAUUCGUGAAACCCCAGCUGCCUCUGGAACCGGAACAAGAAUCUGCCGAGUCUUCCAGCAAGAAGCAAAAAAGAGAAAAGAAAGAACAGGAAAAGAAAGAGUUUGAAGCCAGGCGCGAGAAAUUGCUUCGUGAUCUUGCGUCGGGUCAUGGUGUUGAUGUGGGAGAGAUAUCGGAGAAGGAAAAUGUCCCGCCUGCUGCAUCUGCCGUUGAAGGGAUCCCUGUUUCAGAAGAAGUGCCCGGUGGGGAUCAGCUGGAACAGGAACCUUCGAACCGACGUACCUUGGAUAUAGCUAGCUCACGACGCAUGCUAUUUGGAUCUCUGGGAAUGCGAACCCCAAAGACCAAGGAAGAGGAAGAAGCAACACGGAGAAACCUUGCUGCCAAAGCUAGUGCAUGCGGGCGCCGAAACAAAGCUUCUACGCGAGACGCCCAAAAAGAGACCGACCAGAUGGAGGAGGAUGAAGAUGCAUCCGAUAUUGAUUGGCAAAACAAGCUUGUUAUCCGUGCUGUCGAGUGUCUCUAUCCCCAAGUUGAUAUGACCGCGCCUCCUUAUCCUUUUGUUCAACGUUGGGAUCAAGAAGCCAAUGCAUUGAUUCGUGAGCUGAAAGGCCCCAAUAAGAAGCGGAAGAGAAAGCAGCGAGUUCAGGUAUACGAAGAAUACGAGGAGCAGGAGGAAUACGAUGAAAAUGGGAAUUACUACGGCCAUGAUGACCAAGCCAAUCACGAGGGUCAUUACGAAGGUGAAGCCGAUCCCCAUUAUGAAGGUCAUUGGGAAGGCGAAGCUGCUCCUUACUAUGAAGGCCAUUAUGCGGGCGAAGCUGAAGGAGAUCAGAUCAACUAUGACGAUGCCCCUGAACCUGAACACGCACCCAAUUCUACAUUCGAUGACCUACCUUUGGUUCCCGCCGACAUCGGUUCUGUUCCUGAUUUGACUGAGAGCGAGGCGAAGGUUGGCGCGAUCAUUGCAUUCCGGCAGCUAGACAUGUCCAAAGCUACGAACUGGCAGCCUCAAAUGUCUGAGUACCGAGUAGCUGAGGUGCGCUCUGUGAAAGACCAUGGAGUGAUUAAUGUACUGCUGGCCAAGCGAGACCGAAAGCCCCUAUCAGCUGGCGAGGAUGAUGAGCCCCGUCAAUUCAGCAAGUUUGAAGUUCCAGACCUAGCCAAUGACGAGGGGGAGGAUGACGGCUAUCGCGAGCUUGCCUUUGCGGAACUUAGUGACCCGAAGCUUCUCCAACCCGCAGCACAGUCGGGUGCCGAAUCUGAGGACCAAGACAAUACCCGAGAAGGUAGCAUUGUCUCUGUAGUUCACGAAUCCGUACCGAACGCCCAACAAGCCCUAUCUGAGGAAAUGUACCUUGACGACACAACCUUUGUCACCAUUGGAAAUGAAGUCAGCCAUCUUGAGUCCCGUAGUGAAUCCCCGGGAAUGCCCGACGAACCUAUCCAACAAACCCCUGGUAGAGGCCUUCCGCAGAUCCAAGUCCAGACUGGAUCUGAUGGGCGCAGCGUUACCCCUCCCAUCCCAUCACCUUCUUUCAAUGGGUUUCACUCUGCUCGAUCCUGGCAGCAAACGACCCCUGGUGCUGAGCUCAGCCGCGAGCUUGAAGGCCAUACUCUGAUCGGAGGAGAAACGCCGUCUGCUUUAGUCAAUCGGGACGAGGAUCCUUCUGUGUUGUCAUACGCUUCUGCGAAUCAAUCCUUCGCGGUUGAACCUGAGGACCAAGAAAUGUCUGAUAAUCAAGAGUAUGAGCGCCAGGUUGUUGCUGAACCUCUCAUGCCGCCUGGCGAUUCGAGGGACAGCGGUCCUCAGUCCGGUUCGCUUUUGUCCACCAUUGACCGUAGCGGUAAUGAUGGUACGUCUGGUUCUCUGUUUGUGAAGAGAGAUACGAUCAGAGAAAAGCACAGUGCUACUCCCAACAGCUCUACUGAAUCGUGGAGAGAUCUUUUGAACCGGUUAAGAAAUGGACCAUCAGAGCCAAGCGAGUCACUCAUCGCCAGCGAAGCCAACAACAGCGAAGAAAACAGCAGUGAAGAAAACAUCAGUGAAGAAAACAUCAGUGAAGGCAAUCAGAGUCCCCAGCGGCUGGAAGACAGCCUGCAGCACUCCUACCUGGACCUCAAUUUCUCGCCGCUUGACUCCCCACGGGCAUCCAACUCGCGCUCUCCGAUCCCACCAAUGAGUGCCCAGCAGAAUACCCAAUCUCAAAAACAAAACUCAUUCCCUUCACCAUUUGAAACGGAAUCCCCCGCCGCAUCUACUCGCCCUAAACUCUCCCAGCGGGUGCAUGAAUCCAAAUCUGCCUCCCAAAUCCCCGCUUCUCAGACAUCCGAAGUGAUUGACCUCACUUCCAGCCCGAGUGGAUCACCCGAACCCAGCACCUCUAACACCAACCCAUCCCAGCGCUCUAAAUCUGCACGGCAUGGGAACUCACAACGUGAGAACACCCCUCGCUCGCCCGGACGUCCAUCCAGGGCUUCUACAGGAAGACUCCAACGAAUGGUGGAAGUGAGUAUUAGUCCUUCCAGCCAGAAGAAGAGGCGGUCGUCGCGAAAGUUCUGA